AUGGAGGAGUUUGCCGCGUUCCAGAAUCUCCUAUAUAUGGUCAACGAGACAUUUGAAAACAUCGCUUCAGAGUUCAAAACCCUCGUUCCUGAGCACAAAAGGUUUGGGGCCGCUUGCGCGUUGAUGGCCUGGUUGGAAAGUGGCGACUUGCAGGCAAAAGCACGCGUCGUAGCUCUUUACAUUUUGUACAAUUUGUACAAUGUCGUCCCCAUCCAUCAAAAUCCGUUCCUCUUGUUAUUUCUCAAUAUCUACAAAACCCUUUCUUCGAAUUACUCUUAUUUGAAAACCAAUCACGAGCUCCUUGUCGAAUUUCGUGUUGGGAAGUUGAUUUUGACUGAUAACGGUGCAAAGUUGGGCAAGAAGACAGUAUCGGAUGUUUUUCGUCAAUUCUCUAUAGCAGAAAAUUUAAUGUUUCUUGGCGAUCAGGAAGUUAAUAUCGCUAAACUCGAAUACUAUAUUGAAACCGAAUUAGAUGUACGAUUACCAAAUAAGGAUGAUCAAAUAAAACAAGAAAUCUCUAAACCUUCAUCAUGGGCUGCUCUUAAUGACAUGAAAAGUGAAGAAGGAGCGGUUAUAACAGCUCCCCCAAUUAUGCCUAUAAUGCAUCACGAGCUUCAAUGGCUCAAUCCUCAUGGAUUUAUUCCCGAGAUGGAAUGGGAUUAUAAUAUAUUGGCAGAUUUUUCUGAUAGAGAUGAAGCUCGAUUCUUGAUGACAAAAGCUAUACAUAGAGCUUUGACUAUACCUGAAGAACAGUUUGUGCUAAAUCAAUUCGAAAAGGACGCUAAAUUUGUAUUUCAUUGUAAUCUUUCACCUGAAAUGUUGCCCGAUUUAAUUGAAAACAAUCCUAGAAUAGCAAUUGAAGCUUUAUUGCAUUUAUUGUCGUCUCAUCGGAUUGGACAAUACCUACAAGUACUUGUUUCCUCAAUUAACGUGUCUCGAGAUUCUAAUACAACCGACGCUGUAACAAGAUUGAGAUCUUCGAUGGAGGUCGUAAAUCGACUAGCAACAGCUUGGCAACUACCUCCAGAGUUUUUGCACAAAUAUAUUUCCAAUUGUAUUCGUGCGUGUGACGAGAGCGAAAAUCAAAAUAUUCAAUAUCGGCAAGUUCGUUUGGUUUGUCUCUUCCUUCAAUCACUAAUCAGCAACAACAUAAUUGACAUAAACGAGUAUUUCAUUGAGAUACAAGCGUUCAGUGUUCAGUAUUCGCGAAUACGGGAAGCCGCUGGACUGCUUCGUUCUUUGGCCGCAUUUGAGAGACCACCUGUUGUUGAGGAUAUGGAUUGGAAUGGUAACAACAAUAAUAGUAGUAUUGUCGGUAUUGGUAAAAGUGAAUUUGUUACUCAGGAUGACGGACAAUGUAAAUUAUCAUAA